AUGGAGCCAAAGGCUAGCGAUACCGAUGACUUCCUUGAAUCCACGGUGCUUCUGGACGAAGCACAGUAUGAGGAGGGAUUCAAAGACGGGUAUAAUGAUGGCUUGGGUUUGGGAAAGGAGGAGGGCAGAGAAGUGGGCUUGAAGCUGGGAUUUCAAGUUGGGGAGGAGCUGGGCUUCUAUCGGGGCUGCGUCGAUGUGUGGAGCUCAGCGAUUCGGGUCGACCCAGGGGCGUUCUCAGCUCGGCUUCGAAAGAGCAUUGAACAACUGGGAGAGCUGGUGGAUAAGUAUCCCCUGUCAGAGCCAGAGAAUGAGCAGGUUCAAGAGAUGAUGAACACCAUGAGGCUAAAAUUUAGGGUUAUUUCGGCGAUGUUGGGGGUGAGGUUGGAGUAUGAAGGCUACCCAAAAUCAUCGGAAACAGAUGUGGUGGAUUUUUAA